CUAGCAUCCAGGCAUCCCGCACUCCCCGGCCUGCAGGGACGCCCUCCUCACAGCUCUCCCGCCAGGUCUUCACGCCAAUCAUCACAGCCACCAAGGCACCAGCACUGCCCAGCAGCUUUUUGCGCCACCUGAACCCUCACUAGGGCCAGCCCCACUCAGAGAGAGUUGAAGGCAAAGGGAUGUCACCCCUCCUAGCCCUGCUCCUGGUGGCUGGGCUCUGCGCCCCCGUGCGUGGUCAAUCGGAGGACAUUCCUGAGCAGGAAAAUGUGGCCCAGGAGGGCCAGCUCACGGGCGCGCCCAGGGACACCCUCCGAUUAGCCUCCAGCAACACUAAAUUUGCCUUCGGCCUCUACAAGCAGUUGGCUGCAAAGAACCGCAACAGGAAUGUGGCCUUCUCCCCGCUGAGCAUCUCCAUGGCCUUGGCCUUCCUGUCCCUGGGGGCUCGUAGCGCCACCUGGACAGAGAUCCUGAAGGGCCUCAAGUUCAACCUCACAGAGAUCCCUGAGUCAGAAAUCCACCAGGGCUUCCAGCACCUGCUGAGCACCCUCAGCCGUCCCAACGACCAGCUGCAGCUGAGCCUGGGCAAUGCCAUGUUCAUCGACGAGUCGCUGAGGCUGCUGGAAAAGUUCAAGGCUGAAGCCCAGGCGCUGUAUGCCGCGGAGGCCUUCUCCACCAGCUUCAUGGACACCGCCGCUGCCGAGAAGCUCAUCAACAGCUACGUGGAGAAGAAAACCCAGGGGAAGAUUGUGGACUUGAUCAAGGGCCUUGAGCAGCCCACGGCGAUGGUCCUGGUGAAUUACAUCUUCUUUAAAGCCAAGUGGAAGAAACCCUUUGACCCCCGAGAUACUUUCAAGACCAAGUUCUACGUGAGCAAGAGCAGGCCGGUGACGGUGUCCAUGAUGAGCAUGGAGGAGCUGACCGCGCCCAACUUCCGGGACAAGGCGCUGGGCUGCACGGUGCUGGAGCUCCAGUACACCAGCAACGACAGUGCCCUCUUAAUCCUCCCUGACACUGGCAAAAUGCGGCAGGUGGAGGCCAGGCUGAGCCCCGAGACCCUGAGGAGGUGGAGAGCCUCGCUGCAGAUGAGCCUCAUAGAUGAGCUCUACCUGCCCAAGUUUUCCAUCUCCAGCAACUACCAGCUGGAAAAUAUUCUGCCCAGGCUGGGUAUAAGAAAAGUCUUCACCCACCAGGCUGACUUCUCGGGAGUCACCGGAAGGAAGAAUCUGAAGGUUUCCCAGAUGGUCCACCAGACGGAGCUUGACGUGGCUGAGGUGGGCACGGAAGCAGCGGCCGCCACAGGAGUUAAAAUGAUCCCCUUGUCUGGAAAAUGGGGCCCGAUGAAAAUUAUGAAUUUCAACAGGCCCUUUCUGUUGUGCAUCGUCUCCAAAAAGACCGAGAGCAUCCUCUUUCUGGCCAAAGUGGCCAACCCCAAUCAGGGUAAGGCGCCUUCCUCCCUGAGCAACGGCCCCGCCCGCCUGCACUAAGGAGCCAGGCGCCCGGGCCUCUGUGUACGAAGUGGCGGGCCAGAUCCUGCCUGCAUGUCCGUGACAGUGGCUCUGCCAGAUGGGCCCGCACGCAGGGAGCCCGUGGACUGUUCAUUCGGUGACUUGGAGACCACCUGACAACAAUCAUCUUCCUUGGACUGGACACCCCUUAUGCCCCUGCACCUCGAUCUGACUUCAAGCCUCCUCGGCCCCUGUUGCAGCCUCGUCAGCUCACCAAACCUGGCUUUAUGCCUGUGACCCUAAGGUCCCAAUUGGGGGGGUGAGAGGAGUAGGGUAGGUUGAGGACCCUGCUGCUCUCAGGCUGAUUCCUAUCUUGGGUCCCCAGUUCCAGUUUCAUUCUCCCCUGGGAUGUGCCCAUCUACCUUUGCAGAGGCUCCUGACCCCAGACCACAUCUACACAGCCUUUCCACCCCUUGCGGCUGCAGCUGAGCUGGGCCUCCCCUCCUCUAGGAUCUCCCUCUUUGGCCCCUUGGCACCCCCAAUCUGGGGAAAGUAGGUUCACGGCUGUAGCCUCUCAGCUGCUUUGCCAGGUCUGAGUCCUCUUCACCAUAGAUGAGCCCCCGACUCAGACGGCAGAAGGGAGCCCCAGGAGCAAAGACUAAAUGCACCAAAGCAACAAUAAAUGCACAAAACAAGCAGUCCUCGUGCUCACUCAUUCCUGCGUCCCC